AUUGGUGUUGCCCCAUAACAUCUUUGCUGAUAAAGGGGCAGUUUAUUUAAGUGGCUUACCUGGGUGUUGGUUCCGCAACACACACCAUCUCCUGCAGAAAGAUAUUGACCUGCUUGUGCAACUAGGAGUCACAGAUGCAAUUGUUUUGUUAAGCAAAGGCGAGCUUCGUAAGUACAGAUCGCCGUCUCUGCUCUCUGUCUACCUGAAGCACAACAUUCAGGUUCACUAUCACCCGUUUGAGGAUGGAUCCGCACCCUCCAUUGAUUUGGCCAUGAAUAUUCUUGACAAAGUUUUUGAUCUCCUGCAAAAUGGAGGUCGCAUUCUCAUCCAUUGCAUGAGCGGCGUGGGCAGGACCGGCACGAUCGCGGCGUGUCUGCUGCAGUGGCUCGACGAGGACCUCAGCCCUGAUGCCAGCGUCGUCGCCGUCAGGAGCAUCAGGGGCAACCAUGCUGUCCAUAGCGUCAAGCAAUACAACUUCGUGAUGGAGUUCAGGGAGCGACUCGCCCAGGAGCGUGAGCGCUCAGUGUCGCGGUGACCAAACGACGACGUCUCUCACUACUUGAAUUAUUUCCCUAACUACACUGAUCUAUUUUGGUCUUAGACAAAAUGAACUUACUAGUUUACUAUUGACUUCUGGGAACACACUGAUCUAUUUUGGUCAUAGACAAAAUGAACAUAUUAGUUUACUACUGACUUCUGGGAACACACUGAUCUAUUUUGGUCAUAGACAAAUAGAAUAGUUUACUAUUGACUUCUGGGAACUUCUCAGGCACUUGCUUCAAUACUCGGAUAGCUGUCCAGGUUUUUAAUAUAUUGUGUAUUGUAUUUCUCACUACUUGAAUUAUUGUCGCUCACUACUUGAAUUAUUUCCCUAGCUACACUGAUUUAUUUUGGUCAUAGACUAAAUGAACAUAAUAGUUUACUAUUGACUUCUGGGAACUUCUCAGGCACUUGCUUCAAUACUCGGAUGGCUGUCCUGGUUUUUAAUAUAUUGUGUAUUGUAUUUUACUAUUUAUAUGACGUGUUACUUCCAUGUUUUUAAUCUUUAUUGUGAAAGUUGUUCUGUUCAUCUAAUUGUAGUUAUUUCUACACUCAGAAUGAAAUUUCAACGUAGGGAAUUUAGUACGACGCUUACGAUCUAGUCAUUCACUACUGAUAAUUUCUGUUUUAUCGAAAUGAAUUUUAUUGACAAUUCUGUUUAUUUACAAUAUUUUGUUCAUUUAUAAUGCUGGAAGUUCUUCUGAAGUAAGUAACGAGAGGAAUCGUUUUGAAGAAAUUUCCAACGUGAAUUGAACCAGGGUGAAAACUGCAAAGAUUUUAUCGAUUAUGUGUUGAAAUCUUAAGGCUUUGUUAUAUAUUUAAUGUAUAUUAAACUUACGGUGCUCGUUGUAUCCAUGUUACCAAUUCCUAAUUAACAUUGAGAACUUUUUUGUGUAUGAUUGAUAAAAUUUAUUUGCUUGUAGAAAAUUAGUACUUGUAAAAUCAUUGUCAACUAAAGUCUCUACAGUCUUGCAUUAGUUUCCUUACAACUUACCCCGAUGUACUGUAUGUUUAACUAGUCAAUGACUUGCAUGUUAUUUAGUUUUAAUCAUGUACUAAGUAGAUUACCCUUAGUCGAUGACGAUUUCUUACUUAGACUUCACGAAUGUUUCCCGCUCCGCUAGCUUCUCAUCGUGAAGAGCUUCACAAUUUGGUAUGCCUAUCAUCAACUUAGUUUGUGAUUUUUGUGAUACUCAUAAGUCAUUAAUUUGUAUACGUUGUUUUGUUUACUUUUUAGCAGGAUUAUAUUUUCCAAACUUUUCAAGACUUAUCGUCAUGUA